ACACCUUCCUCCUGGCCCGAGGGGACUACGAACUUUAAAACCAAAUGCGUGGAAGAACCAACCACCUGAGGCAACUUUGCAAGCGCGGCUGCAGAACCUCUCCACAGGCUCCGGAACUUCAGCCGAGCCGAAGAACCGAACGGAAGUCAGGUCCCCGCCCGCUGAUUGACCCGGAAGUUCUCGGCGGCGAACGCGACGGGGGGUGGGGCCACGGAGAGAGGCCAAACCGGCGCUCACGCGCGCGCGCGCGCGCGCGCGUUUACCGCACAACUCCCACCGGCUGCUCAGAGCUGUCCUGCAGGCGCGCCGCCGUUAACAUGGCCGAGACGAGCGAGGAAGUGGCGGUCCUGGUGCAGCGGGUGGUGAAGGACAUCACCAACGCCUUCCGGAGGAACCCGCACAUAGAUGAAAUUGGCCUGAUCCAGUGCCCUGAAGCUAGAUACAACCGAAGUCCCAUAGUCCUGGUUGAAAACAAACUUGGUGUGGAGAGCUGGUGUGUCAAGUUCCUCUUACCAUACGUCCACAAGAAACUCCUUUUGUACCGAACAAGAAAGCAGUGGCUGAACAAAGAUGAAUUGAUAGAUGUCACAUGCACCUUGCUGCUUCUAAACCCAGAUUUUACCACUGCAUGGAAUGUGAGAAAAGAACUGAUCCUUUCUGGCACUUUAAAUCCAAUUAAGGACUUACAUUUGGGAAAACUGGCCUUAACUAAGUUCCCUAAGAGUCCAGAAACAUGGAUUCACAGGCGAUGGGUGCUACAACAGCUAAUUCAGGAAACCUCCAUGCCUUCCUUUGUGACCAAAGGAAACUUGAGAUCUGUUCCUGUAGAAAGAACACAGCAAUUAAUAAGAGAAGAAAUGGAGGUCUGUGGUGAAGCAGCAGGGAGGUACCCAAGCAACUACAAUGCCUGGUCCCAUCGCAUCUGGGUUUUACAACACCUGGCCAAGCUGGAUGCCAAGAUUCUUCUUGAUGAACUAUCUUCUACAAAACAUUGGGCCUCCAUGCAUGUUUCAGACCACAGUGGAUUUCACUACCGCCAGUUUUUAUUAAAGUCUUUGAUUAGCCAAACUGUGAUCGAUGGUCCUGUGUUGGAACACAAUUCUUUGAGAAAUGAGCAAGCCCUAGUUCCUCCAGGAAAUGAAGGAAAAGCAUCUUCAACAGAAGAAACAAGGAUAAAUCUUCCCCAUCUUCUAGAUGAAGAAGUUGAAUUCAGUACUGAUCUUAUUGAUUCCUACCCAGGACAUGAAACCCUUUGGUGUCACAGACGGCAUGUUUUCUACCUUCAGCAUCACUUGAAUGGUAGAUUUCCACACAGUGUGAACCAACUGCCUGCAGACAGCCCUGGGGGGACUUCCAAUGACUCACACCUCAGUCCAGGCAUCCCCCACACUUCUCAGGCAAUGGAGGUAGAUGGAAUGAGUUACUUUAGCAAGCAAGGCUACUCGCAGGAAACCAAACGCCUCAAGCGGACCCCUGCUCCAGAUUCUCUAGACCUGGAAAUGGAGCACAGGUUCAUCGAUCAAGUAUUGUCCACCUGCCAGAAUGUAGAGCAGGCCAGGUUUGCCAAUGCAUACAGAAAAUGGCUGGCUACUUUGAGUCAAUGAAAUAAGCGGAUUCCUCCUGCAAGCUACCUUGUUUUAGUGCAAUAUUACUUUCCUUUCUACUUGCAGAGUUGCAUGGGUUGUUUGCUAUUGUUGGCUAUGUUCUUUAUCUUUAGGUUAAAAAUCCAAAGUAACUUUAAAUUUAUUUUACUAAGAACUGGCAAUCUUUUAGGGGUAAUAUAAUUAUGCAGUUUCUUUCUGCUAAGCAGUGAUACUUAAUGUUUUUCUUUGUAGCUUCUCAUCCUUUAUAUUUCUGUAUGUGAGACUUUUAAUUUUGUUUUCCUAAUUGGUUCACAUAUCUAAACUGUUACAUAGGCUAAUAUCUUUUAAUUUAAAAUUUUUAUGUUGUAGUUCAGUUUUAGAACAAAACAUGGAAAAUUUCUUGACCUAAUUAUUUUGAGGAUCAGAUGGACAGAUGGAUGGAUAUGUGAAAGUACAAUUUUUUUUUCUUUAGCAUGUUCUGCUCAAGUUACAAACCACCAAAGUCAGAUAUAUUGGGAUUUGUAUGAAAAACAUGCUUCUAAUGUAACUCAUUUUUAAAACUAUUAUUUAAAAAAAAACAGAAAGUUUAUUUAAUAGCAGUACUGGAAAAUUAUUUUUAUUACUAGUUUUGAUAGAUUGUUUUUACCUCAAAUUUAGUAUAUGCCAAAAGCAUUUGUUAGCCCUUAUUAGAAAACUUUUUAGAAACCCAGAAUGCCAUUUUCAGUUAUUAACUACCUAUCUUUUUCCAAAUUCACUAUGAAAAAUGAGCAAAAUAUGCAUAGAAAUAAACCCAUAAAGGUUUCCUUUUUAAAAAUUAAGUUAUUGCAUAUACACUGGAUAAACUACAAAAUUUUAUUAAGUGAUUGUUAAAAAAAAAUUGUUGGCAAAAGCCAAGGUUAAUGAAUAGUUUUGAAGGUUUAGUUCUUCAGUUUUUAUCUUUAAAAAAUAAAAUAAUGAAAAACAAUUAAUACUAAACUUAUCAGGGAUGAGGUACCAAAGUAUCUACCUUAUAGCUGUAUCUUAUCUUUUUAAUAACAAGGGCUGGGUUUUUCAGGUCAGUGAUGUAGCAAUGGGGGAAGGGGCAGUAAUGUCUAUAUUCUUAUCCCAUUUUUUUCUUUAUAGGUAAUCUUUUUCUUUUCCCCAUAUGCCAUUCUCUGUAUUUCCCCCAACCUCUUACAUAUUUUACACAACUUUUAAUUUUUGUUAUUUUUUUCUUGCCAGUCUUAUAUGAGGGAUAUAGACUGAAAAUACUCUUCUCCUUAUUUCCAAUGAAUGUCAUGCCCCAUUAAAUACAAUCCCUCUAAUAAUUCCCUUAAUUGUAGAAGCAAUCUUUUAACCUGGGGAUAUGUAGAAUGCAAUUUAUUAGUGGCAUGUGUGACCACCUUGCUUCCUUCUUGCUGGGUCAGAUGAGAAGACAGAUAGAUGUAGGGAAAGACAAACCUGUCCUCUCUCAACACCCUGAAUUUGAGGUAGGUGCAGAAAAAAAGAGCAGGCUCUUUUUUGUUGAAUGACAGGCCAUCAAAUGAGAUUUUGAAACAUCAGAAAAAUUGUCCAAAUUGAUCUCUAUUGACAGAAGUCAUUCUUCUCUCAUGGCAAAAAAAUUACCUUUUCAUAUUUUCUAGUAAUUAGAUGAGAAAAUAAUCCCAUGACUGUGUAGAAAGUAUAUUUUAAAUCAAAUACCUCAAAGUCUUUUGGAGACUUCUGUGUAAAAUCAUCAGUUUGGUUUUCAGCACCUACAGGGCCUAGUGGGAUGAGGGGAGGAAUUCUGUAUGUUACUGCACAGACAGGGAAGAGUCUACCCAACCCAUUAAUACAUGUUGCCAAGCUCUGACCUCACUUGGUAUUAACCUUUUUCUAAGCAUCAAUUUAAGUAUCCCAAGUAAUAUAAUCUCUUAUGCACUGAAGUAAGUGUCAGGACUUAACCUAUAGACAAUACCCUGUUGAUAUUGUCUGUAGACAGUAUCACCUAUAUUUUUACAGUGCUCCAGACUUCCUUAAGCCUUCCACGGAACAUUGUAUCCAUCUUCGAUGUUAGCUAUCUUCAUGUGUUUUAAGGCUCUUAGCCCCUCCCCCAUGAAGCCAUGCACUCCUUUAAUAUAUCUUAGUCUUUUGUCUUCCUAAUAAAGUUUUUAAGUAGGGGAUAGAAAUACAAAUACCCAAAGGAUAUUGUUUGCAUGUGGCUUUUAUGUGCUACUUUAUUUCUAAAAUUAGCAUUUUAAGUGUUCAUUCACAGAAAAAUUUAGUAUUGUUCUAUAUGAUUGUGGUUUUAGGUGCUUUUUGUUUGGUUGGUUGGUUGUGUGUUUUUUUUGUUUUGUUUUGUUUUGUUUUGUUUUUUUAUUGUUUUUUAAUGGUUUGACAUCUAAAGUCACUAGCAUGAUAAUAUCUGACUAACAGAGCUCCCAUGCAGUAGAAAAGUCCUAUCUGUUUUCAGGGACUUCCUAAUCUUCACUUAUUUUUUUAUGUGUGAAGAAAAAGAAAAAGGUUGGUACAUAUUUCAUCAAACUGUCAUUGGAAGAACAGUAAACCACCAUAUUGUCCUGUGAAUCAAGAAUAACUCCUAACAACAACAAAAAAGCAAUAAUACCUAUAAAUCUCUUUGACUACCCCAUUCACUUCACCUCUAAUUAAAAAAAAAAAAAAAAGGAAAAAUGAUGCAUUUACUAAUGAGAGAGAGAGAACCAGACCAUCACUCUGGCAUAUGCAAUCCUGGGGCUUGAACUUGGAACCUCAUGCUUCAGAGUUGAGUACUUUAUCUACUGCACCACCUCCCAGACUUCAUCUUCCCUUCCCCCCAUUGGCAUACCUACCUUGGUAAUGUAUUGCCAGAUUCUACUCUGUGCCUUGCACACUGUGAAGACUCAUCAUAUAUUUUUUAAAUUAAUGGAUGACUAAUUGAAAAAGGGAAAGAAUAAGGUAUGAGUAAUUAUGAAUGAAAAAUUGAUAGAUUAAAGUGAAUGAAUGAUGUAUUCUAACUUCAGGGGAGCUAUUGCAUCUAUAGGAUAAUUUCAUUUAUUCAUUUAAAUACCUUGUUUAAAUUUGUUAAAGACCAGUCAAUAAAUGCAACUCUAUCACAUGACUGUAUGUUAAUGCAUACUAAGAAUUUCAUAUAGAGUGAGCCAGCAAAUAACUCACUUGGCUAGUGUGCUACUUUACCAUAUACACAACCCAGGUUCAAGCUCUACCCCCACUGCAUUGAAGAAAACUUCAGUGCUGUGGUGUCUCUCUCUCCUCUCUACUUUCUCCCCACCUCUUCUCCUCCUCUCUCCUUCUCAUUCCCCUCCUCCCCCCAUGCCCACUCUCCCUCUCUCUCUCCACCUUUCUGCCUCUACCAAAAAAAAAGUGUAGAGCUAAUAAAGCUUAUUUCUAUUAGGAACACUACAUUCUGUUUAUUUUUGAUGUUGAAGGACAGAGCCAGAGGCAUUGAAAGAGAUGUUUUAAUUUCAGAGACUGGUUGAUCUGUGUCAGUGUGUGGAUAGUCUUUUUAUGCUUCUCUGUUUUCCUUCCCCUAACUUGGAACUGUGAACUUUCUAGAUAUUUCUUAAACCUGUGAGUCAGUUUUAAAUGUCAGGGUUUAAUACCUGUGAAUAUCCCCUUUUUGUUCUCUAGAUUUUAGUACUUAAUACCUCUUGAAAACUUUGGGCCCAAUCCUUUAGUCAUAUUUCUUAUUCCUGUGGUACAGUUCUAACUUCAGUUAGAGAUUUUAUUAGUAGUAGGGCUGAAUGUGUAGAGAAUGCCACUAGUGAAAGUAACUUAAAUCUUCACUAAGGGCUUAUAUGAUGAUGCAAGAUGUGGAAACAAGUUAGUAGACUAAUAAGGUAUUGUGUAGGCAAGCAUACAUGGUGGUAGACAUUUUUUCCUUUAGAUUUAUUCACAUCAUCUCAGUUCAUGUUUGUUGAGACAUAUAUGUGUGUGCAUCCAAAGAGAAUUAUUAAUACUAUUGAGAACAAAUACCAGUUUUCUCUUCUACAGCACAAGAUCUGACAAGGAGCUUAUAAUAUUGGAGUACAACUACCACUUACUAUACAUUCUAGUUUCUGUCUUAAUUCUCCUGAAUGGCAGAAGAUGCUACAAAGUUAUAAAAGGAAAUGACAUAAAGUCUUCUUUUUUAAUUGGUUAAAAGGAAUCCUGUAAACUUAUAGUUAUUUUGCUACUAGAAAGAUUUUAAAAUGUCAAGAUACUUUAUGUACGCUAGAAAAUUUGAAUGGCAUUUGUAACAGCUGAACCUUUUGGCUUCAGGAUAAGGUUCUCUGAUAGAACUGUAUAAGCCCUAUGAGCCAGGCCUGUCACACCUGGGUGUUCUCUGUAACAUCCUUCCACUUGUUUGAUGGAGAAUUGUUGAGCACAGGGAAGCUUAGGUGGAUCUACUGUCAUGAAGGCAGUGAGUAGGAAAAACAGCUCUGAGAAAUUUAUUUGCAUCGCAGUGUCUUUCAAAAAAAAAAAAAAACUAUGUACUGUGUUAAUUUGAGUGCCUUUCUUAUAUUUGGGGUUGGGGGAUUAAGUUAUAUUUAAAAGUAGCAAACAUGCUGGAUGUUGUAUCACACAGUUGAUUGUUCAUUAGUUACCAGGUGUGGCCCCAUAAAGUAUAUUAUCCUAUAAUAUAAGGUACUUUUAGGAGCAGGUAGGUCACUUUGUUGUGUAUUGCAUUGAAAGAAAGAGAGAUUGAGAGAGAGAUUGAAAGGGAGAGAGUGUGUGAGAGAAUGUUUCUGUCUAAGGAAUGAAUUCAGGACCCCACAUAUGGUUGAUACCAAGGCUUUUUUUCCCCCCAUCCUUUUAGAGAGAGGAAAGAAGGAGAGACUGUCACAGCACCACUCCACCUUCCAUGGAGCUACCCUGGUGUUGUCCAUGGUGCUUUUGUGUGGUGUCAGUACUCAAACCCAGCUCCUGGAACACAGUAGUACUGACUCUUAUCACUAUGCUAUAUCCUGGACCCUAAUUAUCAUUAUAAACAUCCUACCAAGAAUUUAUUCUUCCUCUAUAGUAACUUUUUUUUAACUUGCCAGCAUCAAAGGUCUGUAAUUAAAGAUCUGCCUGAGACCUGUACAGCUUGUAUUGAAAGGGAAACAGUAGCACUCUGCCCUAAAAGAAAGACCAGAUAGAUGUCCUUUCCCUCACUAAGAAUUCCCUGCCAUAUUAUGCCUACAUAAAAUAGCUGAAAAGGACGGAAAGGUGGAAUUUUCCCUUUUAAAUAUCACUAGGAAAGAAGAUAAACUGUAGCAUUUAACUUUAUAAAAAAAUAAAAACUUAUAGCUAAAGAUUCCAAAGUGCUUUUCAGAAAACUACUAACUGACAUAUUUCUAAAGAGCAGCAAUAUGCCAUGUGGGUGGAGUCAGAAGACUAUUGAAUCAGUUAUAAGUCUAGAGUGAGAGAAAUCAACCUAUCCCAACUUGGACUUCUGUCAUUUCUCACCAGACUAUGUUAAUACUGUAAAAUCAUAUGCUUUACUAAAACACAUAAGUAGAGAACAUCUUCAUUGCUGAGCUUGCUGAUUAAACCCUGUGCUUCUGAGAAUACUAUCAAUAUAUAUCAUUGGUGCUUUCUGGACAGAAAUAUGUUCCACGUAGCUAACCCUGUCAUUUCUUUUACUGGUCUAUUAUUCCUCAGGGUGUAGAAGAUUUAGUAAAUUUAGAACAAAAUUUUAUAUUCAGUGGCAAAAAAAAAAAUAAAAGGCAAAAAUAUGCUAAAUAUAUUACUAGCUCUUAAAAUUUUACUAUAGGUAGUAUUUUUUAUAAAACACCACCAGAGCUGUUGCUUAUAGAUGUCUCAUCGCUGCCUUGUUCACCUCACUGCCCCAGAUCUUUAUGACUCUUCUGAAUGUUCUCUGACCCUUGUCUUCUGUUGAAUUUAUUUCUGGAUUAUAUGAUUUUUUUUUCCUGUGUGGUUGAGGCAGGGAUAUUUUCAUUGACUUAAUUCUCAAUUUUGGGAAAUCCUAUUGAGGAAAAUGAUUACUGUUAGUUUUCAGACUGACAAUCCCCAUCUUAAAGAUUUCAGUUUCCCUGAAAGAGUACACUUCAGGUGCAAGUUUUAUUUACAUGCAUAAUGCUUUGUACUUUGUGAAGAUUCAAUAAGUCAGUUGUUACAGUUUAGGAAAUUUAAAAUGGCUCAUCUCUGUCUUAGCCCCAUUUUUCACAUUUUUAGCUUCUGGAAAAUGCAGCAUCUUGCUUGCCUAAGAUAUAUUAUCUGAUUCAAAUGUACAAGGUGAAGAUACACAACUAUCUAAGAUUAUAAGUGAAAUUAAAAUGAUCAUGAGGACACAUAAAUGUUUGGAUAUACCCUAAAUGAAAUUGGGGGAUUAAUAUAGUGGUUUUACAGAGAAUUUUAUCCAAAGGACUUCUAGUUUUAAUGUUUGCUUAAAAGCUUUUUGAUUUCAGAUAACUUUUUUUACAUCAACCCCCUCAAAGUUGGAAACCCUAACAUAAGUGCCCACAUACCUGAGUUAAAAAAAAAAAAAAGGUGUAUGUGUAACUAUUUAUAUUAUAAAGUCUUUCGUUGCUUAUGAACAAUGACAUCCUGGCUUUUUGACCAUAACAUUAGGAAACCAACUUGAAUGUAUGGCAAUCACUUUCCUUCCGCAGCAUAGUUCUAAUGUUUAUCAUUAUAAAGUAUUUAGUAAUAUAUUUGAGUUUUAUGUCACAGGAUCGAAGAGUUCCAUAUGUCUGCAUGCUGACUUAGAUAGCAGUCUAUUUGGGGGUGCUCAUAUAUUAUUAUUCUAAAUGUCAUCUUGCAUCUGGAGCAGUUGUUUGUUCUUAUGGGUUAAAGAAUUGAGUAUAGAUUGAGUGCAAUCAUAGGUGCUCAAUAAAUAUUUAGUCAGUUGUAUGACUAACAACAAAUUCUAACAGCUUUUAGAAAGAAAAUAUUGUCAUCUUUUCACUAGUAUAUAUUUUAGAUGUGUUUAAAAUUGAAAAAUUACAUUGUUUGACAUGGAUUAUUAGGCUUCUUUAGGCUGAGAUCAUGUUUAUGUAGGGACGUGGGUGUGAAGACAGGUGAUAGGAAAAUUAUCUUUUAUUGAAAGUCACAGUAAUAAAUGUCUUGUCAUAGGCUACUAAACUAGAAAAAACAACUGGCCUUCUGCAGUGGGUUUCUAUGUCAUAGCCAGUAUUGUCUGCUUUGGGUUCUGUUUGUUUCUUCCUAAAGCAUGGCUGAUUUCCAGUGUCUGAAAAAGCAGUAGCAGUAAAAGUGAACUUAUAUUAAAUAAUAUUGUGCAGAUUCAAACAGCAGAUGAAUAGGCUUUUCAACCCCAGCUCUGAGAAGCAGAAAGUUCAUUGCAGGUAUAAUUAGGCACUGCCUCAUGGUGAGGUUUGAUAACUGAUGAUGAUAGAGGCUUCUGACUGAGGUCACUACUGUAUUUUGAUGUGUGGUGUUCCUGCAGGAAUAAUGCCAUGAGUAUAGAAGUAACUGUUUUGAUUUGGGAAAGAAAAAAAAAGGGAUGAGCUAUUGUAAGUAUGCCAAAUAUUUAUACACUCCAUAACAAAAACUGUGAAAGAGAAGGUGAGAAAGAAAAUAAACAGUGGUCAGUGAUUGUUUUAAUAGCUUCUAAAAUAAUCUUUUUAUCUAAGUAUCUUGAACACUAAACAGUUGCUUACUUUAACAGAGCAACUUUAACGCGAUAUAUCUGUUUCUUAGAAAUUACCAUUUGUGUUAAUUUUACAUUGAAGAUUUUUUAAACGUGGAGUAGUAUUUAAGUAGCAACCAAAGCUGUUUUAAGAUUUAUCAUUAAAUGGACAAGUUAAACACACAUUCUAUCGGUACAAGGUCAGAUCCUGUGCAUAAAAGAUAAGUUUAAUUUAUUUUACUGGAAGAUACUACUUUUCUUCACUCUGAUUACACUAUUUUUCUUAAGCUAUUUUCUAUCAUUGUAAUAGUCUGUUUUGAAGUUCUUUUAUCUCUCACCAUAUGGUAAUUGACACUUUAUGGGGAAAAUAUUUUGUGCAUUCUUUUUUACACUUAAAAUGUAUACUUUGCAGAUGAGUAAAAAUGAAUUGAUAAAAAGUUAUGUGGAGCAUGUGCUUAUGGUGGUAUUCUGGGAAUUAGUACUUCAGAGUGCUUACAGUAUAAUGAUAAAAUAUAAGGCCAAUAUUACAACUUUAGGUUUAUCAGCACUGCCUGAUAGAAAUAAAAAGUGAACUACAUAUGUAAUUUAAAGAUGUCAAGUAGCUACAUUAAGAAAUAGGUGAAAUUGAUUUUGAUAAUAUUUAAUUUAGGGGUAGGGAGAUAGCAUAAUGGUUCUGCAAAAAGGCUUUAGUGCCAGAGACUCCAUUAUCCCAGGUUCAGUCUCCAGUACUACCAUAUGCCAGAACUGGAGAGUGCUCUGGUUAGAAAAGUAAAGAAAGAGAUAAAAAUAAAUAGAAAUCCUUUAGAACAACUACCUUGUUUUUCCUCCAUAAUAUGUCUUUAAAAUUCAGUCUGUAUUUUGCCCUCAAAGCACAUCUCAAUUCUAAACAGCUGCAUGGAAGUGCUUAGUGGGACAGCAUGUGUCAAGGGCUAUUUGCAGAUUCAUAGGAUACAAAGUACAGAUUGAUUCGCUUUAAACUGUGAGAUUAUGAGGUAGGGAUGAAACUAUGGUACUUUUUAAUAGAUUUAAUAUACAUACAAAAGUGUCUAAUAGAAUUUCCCAUUCAUUUGCCCUCACUCACCUUCAUUUUAAACUUGCUCUGGAAGUAGGCUUUAACGUGUUCUAAUUUGCCAAGCAUUAUUUCAGGAGAAAGAAAUUCAAAACCAUGUAAAUACCGUGAUAUGCUGAUUAUAACAUUGUUAACAAUUUUUUCAAUGUACUCACUGAAUUUUGUCUUGUUCCUUCAACAUAAUUACUUAAACUGCAUGUUAAUUGUAUAUCUGUACCUUUUAUUUUUAUAUUGUUAUACAAUUAUGUGUAUUAAAAGCAGCCCUAGGAUUCUAAUCUUCCUAUCCAGCUGUCUUCCAGUACUUACUGAUACACUUACUAAGUUGUGGUAAAUGGCAGAAAAAUAGAAUAAACCAUUCUUUCUUCCAUUAGAUUUAUUUUAUCAUGUGACUGUACUAGGCCAGCUAUAAAUUAUUGUAUUCUGCAGAAUAUGGAAAAUAGUGUCAUGUCUUAUCUUUGCUAAGUGUUUGUGAUUUCUAAGUAAACUUUUCUUUUUCUAAAAUGAA